AUGCCUCUCAAGGAUGGGAUCUACUACAUCUCCAAAAGCACGGCGCCCAAGUCCAAGGUGCUGACGGCGCCGUCCUUCUCAUUCAAGAAGAAGACUAGCCAGGACACGCAGAACCAGAUCUUCCGCGUGAAGCACCUCACCGGCCACACGUACCACAUCUACGGGUCCAAGAAAAUCCGCAUCGUAACCUUCCCCAUCUUGGCGGGGGGCCCGAGUCUCGAAUCGAUUGACCAGGGCGAAGACGAGCCGGCGGCCAACUUCCUCAUCUACGAGGAUAAAGACGACGCCUUUGCUGGAGGAUCAUAUCACUCGUGCACGAUCGCGCCUUCUUCGACUCUGCUUGGAAAUUGGCUCGAUCACGUGUAUCUCAUUUACCUAGGCCGCGCCUCGGAUGACUACUUUGACGACGCUGAGUGA